GGCAGCUAAACUCGGGCCGCGGGUGACGUGGGUCCUCCUCCUCCUCCGCCUCCUCCUCCUCCACAGCAGCAGUGAUGGCGGACUACGACGGCUACGAAGAGCGGAGCUACUGCAGCUUCGGCAGCAGAGGGUCCCGCGGUGGUCCUGGACCCGGUGGACCCGGAGCACCAAAGAAGCAGAAGGAGUUGCCGACAGAGCCGCCGUUCACAGCCUUCGUGGGGAACCUGCCCUUCCAGACGGUGCAGGGCGACAUCGACAUGAUCUUCAAGGAGCUGAACAUCCGCAGCAUCCGACUGGUGCGGGACAAGGAAACAGACAAGUUCAAAGGCUUCUGCUACGUGGAGUUCGAGGACUUGGAGUCUCUGAAAGAAGCUCUGUGCUACGACGGUGCGUUGCUGGCCGAGCGACCGUUGAGGGUGGACAUCGCCGAAGGACGGAAAGACAGAGGGUUCAGGAAAGACGACAACAGAGGACGCGGACCACCACGAGGACCUCCCCGAGGAGGAGGAGGUGACUUCCGCGAGGACGGCUUUGAGCACCAGGGAGGAGGCUAUAGAGACGAUGACUACAUGGGGGGUCGGAAUCGAGGCGGACCCGGGCGCCCUGGCGACCGCAGGGGCGGCGGCGGCGGCGGCGGCGGGAUGGGCCGUUUCCGGGACGGCCCACCUCGCGGAGGAUCGUCGGACUUCAGAGAACCGUCGGAAGAGGAGCGAGCGCAGCGGCCCCGCCUGCAGCUGAAGCCGCGCACCGUGGCCGAGCCGCUCAACCAGGUGGCCAACCCCAACUCGGCCAUCUUCGGCGGCGCCAAGCCGCGGGAGGAAGUCAUCACCCGGGAGAAACAGUAGAGACUGAGGGCCUCCUGGCCCAGAAGAGGGGGAGGAGGGGGGCGGGGACAGAACUUUGAGCAGAAAAGCCAGCAGGACGAUGGGGGCGCUCCCGUCCCACCACUGCGACAGACUCGCCCUCCUUCUUCAAGAAUAUUUAUUCUUAGAUGGAAUAAAAGCAUCACCAUAACUCGUCAUAGACCUGUAACACAGCUGCAUGUCCACCUGUGCCCCUCCCACCUCUGCUUACUGUGACGUCAUAUCUGCCCCGCCCCCUCACCCACAGGUCUCCCUCCACCACACCCCAGUGCAAAUGUACAUUUUGUAUUUUGUAGUAUGAGAUGAAGCCCCGCCCCCGAUCGGUUGGAGUUUGUUUUUGUUUUCCUUCAUGUUUGUUGCCAUGGUGACUCAGCUUGGGGGGGGGGGGGUCUGC